UACCACUUGUGCAAUCAACAUUAACGUGCGCUGGAAAAAAAGUAAAAUAAUAAAAACAUUAGUUAUUAGCAAUAAACAACACAUAAAAUGCACGUGACAUUGGUGAACUUCUUCAAGAAGACAGUGCCCGGUCACAUAUUUCGUGGCAAGCGGCGUCUGGUAAAGCCGGUGAGCAAACGCUCGAUGGAAACACUCACCCGAGAAUAUGAGAGACAGGAGCACAUUAUGCUGCUGCUGCGACACCCAUAUCUAACGCUGGAGCAAUCCUCGGGUCAUGCCAAAGAGCUGCAAAAGCGAGAGAAACUGGUGGCCAAAUGGACGACUGAGCAGACGUUGAGCAAAAUGAAGCCACACGUUACCAUUGAGGAGCGUCUUAAUCAGCUUAAGAUCAAGGAGGCUUGGGACUAGUUGCUUAAGCUACAAUUAUGCCUAAAAAGAAAUUAGAAUAAAUAUUAUAGAUAUUUACACACAUGUACACACAUAUUAACGUUGAGUCGGUUUGAUUGUAUUGUAAAGAAAGAAAGAUAAAGCUCUGCUUUGCAGCUGAACUGCUCAAA